AUUGAUCGUAGUUGCUGAGAAGCAGACAGUGUAUAAGAAGUUUCCUAUUCCACUUAUCAAUCGGCUGGAAAAACAUUUUUUGACCAUCAAUACAAUGUUAACCAGAGAGCAACAAGAUUUAGUGAAGACGCUAGAAAUCUGGACAAAACAAUUCAGUCAACAGAUAUGUGCACCAUAUAAACAAAGGGACAACAACGAGUUAAACACCAGAGUAGAGGAUGCAUUCAUUGGCUAUCAUGAAGAUACAUGCUCGUCAAUUAUCCUUUGUAUAUGCAAGAAAAACGAAAAUAUGAAGGGUGAUCCAGACUUCGGUUCCAAGGUUUUGAAAGAAGGGAAGACUGUGUUGUUAUGGAGUGCUACACCAGAUUCAGUUUUAAGACUGAAGCACAGUAAUUUGCCAACAGAGGAAAAGGCCCGGUUAAAUGAUUUGUACUUCAAAAAGCAGGCACACAAAAGUCUUAUGCAGUAUCUGAAUCAGUUCCUUUUUGUUAAGGAAUUAAGAAAGCAAGUGUUUGUACAGAUAACCACCCACUCCAAGCUGCUGACCUUUGGGCACAAAGAGCAGAUAAGCAUGGCAACAGGUGUGCAUGUUGAUAAAAUACUGCUACUGGAAAAUCUGUCUUCCUUUGAUACAGAGCAGCAGUUCAGUAACAAGAUCAGGCAUCACCUGGCACAUGUCAACAAAGACGCGAGUCUGAUGGUGAUACAGUGUGAUUCUGGAGAUAUCAAUGUCAAUUUGAUAGCUUGCGCGAGGUAUUGUGUCUUGGAUGAACUUGAAAAAAUGAGAGAGGACAUUACAGCUCCAGUGCAUGUAGUUUUUAUUGUUCAGCUUCCAAGAAAUGCGAGGUUUUCAGGGUUUCAGUGUGGAGUCUGGCAUUCUGUCCAUAUCGAUGCUUUGCUUCCUGGGGACAUUAAGAUGCCGGACUUAGAAGAUAUGAUUGGGAGAUCACCAGCAAAGUUAUGUAGGGACGCCGUUGGAAAUUCUUUUGACAUCGAACAAGAAAUUGGAAAAGAAAGGGAAGUUCCAGUACAAGAAGAGGAAAGUGAAGGCCUAGAUAUUUCCUCUAUAUCUGAACGCAGUGAUGCGGUAACUGAUUGCAUGCAAGAAAAAAGUAAUGUUGGAAUAGACAGUCAAAUACAUUUAGAUGACGUAAUCAUAGAUUUCAAAAACGUUGAUCAUGAUAUAAGUGAGGGUACAAAUCGUCAGCUUAACAUGAGGGCGCUGUUAAUGUCAUGUGUACAGGCUGCACUGUCUAUAGUAAAGGAUAAAGAUGACAAUUCAAGUAGAGAGACCGACAGAGUGACUUUACUACUUAAAUUGCUCCACCAAGAUGACGAAGAAGCACGGAACAAGAGAACUUUUCUGAAUGGUGUCUGUCGCUUUAUUGUUAAAAUGCUGGAAGAAAAGGAAUCUGCAACAGUUACUGGUAUAUCUGAAGAUUGGAUAAUUGUUGAAGCUGCAAAUGUAGACAACAUCAGCAAGACGGGGACGCUCAUGCGUUCCUGUGUACAGAUUCUUGAAAGUAAGGUGUCGCCCAUUUUUGCAAGCCUCAUUGCAUUUUUGGAUACAAAUAGUAAUUUGAACCUGCUGGAAGAAGUUGAAAAUACAUGGAAACGGGAACUCUGGCUUGCUCUCCUUCAUACACCAGAAUCUCUGAAUUUACAGUAUGCAGAUAUGAGACACAGAAGCCAAAACGAAGUCAUGGUCAUGACAACGGGCUACGAAGGUCAUAUAUUCAGUGCACGAAUGCCAUUCUCAUGGUUAUUGAUUAAACAGAUCACUGAAGUUCUUAGACUGAAAUACCCAACUGAACAUGGAGCGGGCGAUAAUGUUGCAAAUGCAGAGUCGUGCUUCAGGGUUCUCAGCAAACAACCGUUUCAUGUUGUCUUCAUUGAGGUAAUAAAAGACAAAAAUUUAGAGGAGGUUGUCGGCGAUUACGUGCAUGACUUUGUACACUGUGUUUACAACCCAGGAUCACAAGAGGAACAUCAGUUAGUAUGUCAAGCGUUGGCACAUGCUGAAACACAAUUGGCAACUGAAGCAUGCGAAAGCAAUUUGUUGCUAACAUUGAUUAAUGUUCAUCUAGCUCACGACAUAUUGGCCCCGAGGCUUACUUGCUUCAGGGCAAUGAACAGCGUGUGUCCUGAGUGUAGUUCAACUAUUGUAGAACUUAGGAGAAAACAUCCAGAUCAUUUUAUGUUCCAGAAAUAUGACCUUAUAUUUCCCGCUGUAUGCAUGUUGAUAGAAAAGUUGUCACCACAAAAAUCAGAGCUGGAUCAGCCACAGGGGAGAGUAGAUUGGUUGAAGAGAGUGUACAAGUAUCGACCAGUGGUUGAAAAGGUGAUCUGUCUACAAGAGGAUCAACACCUAUAUGGACCUAACAGUUAUCAGUCUUUACGAAAGGCUAAGGGAUUGUGGAGUAGAGUAGUGGUGGUAAAAUUAUUUUUGGAGCAUGUUUGUACUGUAGAUAGGAAGGACAAAAUAACAAUAAAAUACUGCAUGCCAUUGUGGACAACUCUAGGCGAAGAUACUGACAUGAAGAAGAUGAAAUCAUUUGGAAUGGUAGAAAGAUUUUUAAGAAGUUGUAACAAAGGAGCAUUUAAAGAAUACCUUGGAGCUGAGAGGAAAUGUAGUCAUUGCGAACAGAUGCUUGAAGGCCCUCCCAUUACACUUCCUUGCAAUGAUGUUCUGUGCGAUGCAUGUUAUGACGAUGUGAAAGCACUGGGUCGAUACGAAUGCACAAAAUGCCAAGAAGUUAUUCCUGUCGAUUUUAGAUAUGAAAGGCAAACGCUUGAGGGGAAAGCUCAUGAUAAACUGAGGGACUACCAGAAGAGAUGUAAUUCAUUUUUCAUGGAUAUCGUGUCACAGUUAUGUUUUGAUGAAAACUCAGUUCCAUCGGAUGAGGUGAUUGACCAGUUGCUUGGAUAUAUAUUUUUCAAAACAUUUGGACAAAAUCAGCGCACAAGAGAUUGGACAGUAUUUAAUACGGGAAUCGAUCCAAGUCCGGUGUUCAGAUCAUUCCUUUUACAGCUUCUCAUAAGAACAAGCAAAGGCGACAUUAGUAGGAAUCUAGAAACAUACCUUGGUCGAGCAAAGGCUUUGAUAAACACCGAUCCCGAGCAAGACAGGCAUUUCACUGAACUCAGUCUUCUAGUUAUUCAAUGCUUAGAAGACAUGUUCAACGAACAGGCCAACCUCUUGAACGAAAAUGAAACGGAAUUCGUUAUACGGUCACUGCGAAGCGCUAGACAAACAAUUGAGGAUCCAAACAUCACUGCAGAUAAAUUGUAUGGACUUGCAAGUGCAAGGAUGGGCCUUGCCAAAGCUGCUAAAUAUAUAGCCCGUAUUGUUGCAGAUAGUACUGGUCCGAGAGCAGUUCCAUCAAAUGUCAGAAAGGUUAUUGAAGCAGCACAGAUUCUUUGUGAAGAUACGGAUAUAAAAUGGACACGUAUUUACCUCGUGAAGUAUUUGUGUCGAUGUUAUGGUGUGGAUGUAUACAGGUCAUUAUGCCGCAGCCAGGCUCCAUUUCUAAGAUGGAUUGCUAUUAGGGAUAUUAACAUAGAAAAGGUUGUCGAAGUGUCAGAUAGAUAUGUCGUUUGUGGUAAAUCAUACAUAACAGUCAGAGAAGCAACAGCAAAGGUGGUACUAGGAGAGACAGUCGAGCACCUUGAAGAAGUUAUAAACGAUCUUGAGACUGCUGGAGUUAGAGUAGAGCCUUUUUUCACACUUGCAGUACACAGAGAGGUAACAAGUUCAUACUUGUAUCCUCAUCAACAAAGAAAAUUGACCAAAGAGGUACAGGAAGGAUUGAUUCAAUUCAUCGCCGACUGCAAAGCACUAAAGAAUAAGACAUUAUUGACCUCACUGGUACAGAACCAGUUAGACCCGAGACAUCUUAGAUAUGUAGAAGGUGAAACACUACUUGAGCAGGGAAUCCAGUGUAUAAUUGUGCAUUUUCACUCCAUGCUUUCUCAUCUAAACGGAGACAGGACUCUUAUUCAGCCUCUUGUGACCAUGAUGACUAGUCCUCAAGAAUGUAUUAACUGCUUUUUACCAACAAUGCCACAAGAUGAUCUGGAGGAUGUGAAAGAAGCCUUGCUUGCUGCUCGUAACCAAAUAACGGAUGCUGAUCCAAAUCCCGUGUUUUACAGGUGUCCAAAUGGUCAUCCGUAUGUGAUUGGAAACUGUGGUCGAGCUAAAGAAAGAGCUAACUGUAGAGAAUGUGGUGCUGCAAUAGGAGGUCAAGGGCACAGACUUGUUGCUGGAAAUACAAAGGAUCGAAGUGUCGACAACACAGUGAAAGGUCAUAUUCUUGGUCAAGCUGAGACUAGAGGGCGUGGUCCAAAACCAGAAAGGUUGCUAACACCAACAUAUUGCGCUACUAUUAGGUGUGUACUGCACCUUGCUAUGUAUGUUGGAUCAGGCCAAAAUCUGCAGGGAGUACAGAUGCUUAUUAAGCCAGAUAUUGAAGAAAACCAGGUUCAAGAGUUUCUAUGGACACAUAUACAACUAGAUAUUGAUGACAUUCAGAAAGCUCUCAAUCGAAGUGCAGAUGAUGUCUUACUGUUCAUGCACACAAUCAUAGAUUGUAUUCUUAGAACACACAAUGAAGGAGAAUACGUGAGGGAUGACGUGUGGCAGUGGAGCUCCAAGCGGGGGAGAUUAAAAUGGGAAACUGACUUCUCAAAUAGAUUCCUAAAAGAUAUAUUGAAGAACUUGGAAGCUACAAUAAAAACAAACAGUCAGUUGUUAGCGAAAGAUAAAAGAUUAGGGGCCGACCCUCUUCUGUGCGUGUUAUAUGAAACGGACACGCAACAAGAGAAAGAAAACCCGGCGGAGUUACAGGAUAUUCCUCGCGUAUGGAGGUAUAGAACACCAAUAUCUCUUCAGCACCUCAGACAAGAGGUAGAAGCUAACUUAACCAAUGAACAAGAUCAUAAAAUACUUCAGCUGUUCCUUGAAGAGGAACACCAUCUUAGAGCUCUGAGAUACAUACCAAGCAUUCUACGACUACACCAGGCGCUACUUUUCAAAUACCAGAAGAAGAUAGACAAGACAGAGGCCUCUAAAAUUACUGUAGAAAUACUUGCGCAAGAACAAAUUGCUGGAAUAGAAACAGACAGCUUACUUAAAGAUGUCAGCAAUGCGUGGGAGUUGGUUAGAAAUAGCCUUAAAAUGUAUCUAUGCCCUACAGAACUCGGUGGUAUGGCAGUAGAAAAAGAAUACUGUAACAUGAGUAUCAAUGAAAAGACACCAUUGUCAAUGCUUCUGCCUACAGAAAAAGAAAUUGGACUGUGUUUUUAUGCAUUGUUGGAUUUUUUGAUGAGAAGACAAAAUGAUUUCUUAGACAAUUAUGUUAAAGUAAUGAACAGAGAGCCUUCAGCAAUGUCCAAAAUUUCACCAAGGGAAGUGACCUCAGCUCAUUUGAUUAGCUUUGAUCCACAACGUGAUCUUAUACCAUUGGUGCUGGCUAAUUGCCAUUACUCAUUUGAGAUGGGCAAAGGAACGAGAAUUGAGUAUGACUUUACAGGCAUUGAAAGGCAGUUGAUGGACAGGUUCCUAUUCUCAAAGUCCACGAUAGAUGUUGGUCGAGUUUUAGAGAUUGACUUGAUGGUAUACAGAACAGAGAUAACAAAUGCUGCUGUAUUUAAACAGCUGACAGACAAAAUCCCUCAGGCGGGAAUUAAUGCUGCAGAGAAAACACAGAUAUGUAGUGAUAUCAGAUAUCUACCAGAUAUGUGCCAGUCACUUGAUAAUCUUGACAUUGCCAUUGGUUUCCUCAAAUCUACUGGGGGUAAUCAAGAGCAGAAUCUUCAUGAAUAUAUGGUGAAAACACUACAGAUGGAUUUUUCUGUCCUAAGCCAAAAGGCGCAACAGGUGUGUCAGUUCCAGCAUGUAAAGUCCCUGUGGCUGUUACUGUCUCUCCAAAAAGCUAAGAAUAUGACUGAAUCAGACCAGCAUAGUACGACAAUAUUUGAGAAUGUUUCACAAGAAUUUCAUGACGAUAUUCCUGAAGAGCUGGUUAAAGAUUUCCGUGACUACACAGGAAAACUCACUGCAGAUAAGCUGAUGCAGCUUGUAGAAGCAUUGCACGAGUUUAUACUGCUGAUGGUGGCUGCAAAACAAAAUACGGACGAGGAAGCAACUACAGAUACAACAGGAAACAAGCUCGGCGAAUGGUUGUUCGGAUACAUAGAGAGUCUUGACAGCCCUUGUAUUGAUUUGGCAGCGCUUAAGGAUUUCCCCGUGGAAUUGCUUUUCAAACAUUGCGUCAAGACUUGGAUAACAUUAUACAAGACUUUAAAAAUGAAGGAGUCGGGAGCUUAUAGACAGUUUUAACGAUGGAUUUAUUUCAGUCUUAGCAAAAGAGCCUAGACUGCAAAUACUCCUGAACAAACUUUAUACAUUUGUUAUGUUAUAGUAAACGAUAUCAGAAGUUAGUUUGUUGUGAUUUUUUGUUCUACACAAUGGUAAUGCAAAUGCAAAUGAUUGAUAUAUACUACUUAUACAGAUGUAUCAAGUUUUUUUUUUGUAAAUUGUUUAUACGUAUAUUCAAAGUUUAUUAAAGUAGUUUGAUAAAACACACCUGUUUAAAUUAUGUUAACUGGUACAUCAUGGUUUUACUAUUAAGCACUUUUAUUUUUUUUACUUUAAUAGCAUUAUGUUUGAUGUGGAAUAUGCUAUCAUUGACAGUAAUGAAUAUAUAACAAAUGUUAUAUAAUUAUUCACAGUUUGUAUUGUUUUUUUUAUAUAUUUAUAUUUCAUUUCAUUAUAAUAUGCACAUUCUGUUUACUUAUUGCCGAUAUUUUCUAAAUGACUAGGUUGAGAGUGAUCUUUCGGUUGUGUCCCUUUAUUUAUACAAUGACUUAAUAUUUGAUUUAUUAAUUGUUAUUAUGAUCUGUGACAUAUCAUGUAUCAUAUUAUGUGUGAAAAAUUCGUUUAAUUUGGAAAAGGUAAGAUAUGUAUGAUUUAUUAUGUUUGUAAUUUGAUGACAUAAUACUGAUACAGAAAUGUGAAUAUAAGUUCUUUCACUGAUCAUAACUCUAACAUUUUAUAUCAAACCUACACUAUAUGUACAUUUAUCACAUGUUUGACGUAGAGUGGGAAUGAACUAAAGCCAUUGCACAAUUUUGGUAUUACACGAAUGUAAUAGCAUUUGAUAGGACGUCGUUUAACUAUACAAGACGUUGGUCGAAUUGACAUGGGCUAUGAUAGGUAUUUCGAUGUUUUAGCGGAAAAAGCUAACAUUUAAUAAAAAAAUUCUUAUAUUAGUGUCUUUCUGCACUGAAUUUAUUAAACUAGUUAAAUAAAAAUUUAAAAUGCUCAGCAGAGAGCCUCGCAGGUUACCAUUUUAUUCAUCUCGUUUCAUAAAUUCAUUGUGAAUUUACACACAUCUAAUAUUCUGUUUCUGCUGAUUUCAUAUCAGAACAACUAAAUAUUGUGCAACAUAUUUGUAUUGUAGAGUGUUUUAGAGUUAGAAGGUGGCCUACCCACAGGAAGUGAAUAUGAUUGUUUCAUGCAACUUUCUAGGAAAAAGCAAUCAUUCGUUCAUAAAACCGAUAUCGCGAUAAUGUUAUAAAUGCCCUGAUAAAUCUUCAAUUCCAUUACAUCGUAUGUUGACUGCUUUUUAGUUUUGAUUGAAUUUAUCUUUUUAACUAGAGGAUAUGAUUAGAUUUUUUUGUCUUAUAAUUGCCAGGUGUAAGCUGUCUUUGCGUUUUAUGCUUUCUGUUUAGUGUGUUAAGUCCUGAAAGAAUAAAGACUGGUUUGUAAUGAAAUAAUGUUGUGACCUGUUAGCGUAAUAAUUCUAAGUUUGUUCUGUUUCUUACUUAGAAGAUUUAGUGUAAGUUUUUUUCCACUAAAUUUCAAUUAUUGUUUGUACUACAUAUUUGCUGAAAUGCAUAAGUUUGUGAAUUAUUGUUGAAGUAAAUAUAUAUUUUGAAUUGUU